AUGCCGCCAGCCACUGAAAGGCCCAGUCGGCCGCCGCCCUCCCGCCUGCAAGGCUUCGGCUCUCACCGCGCAGGCGCGCUCUGGACAUCCCGCGGCGCCGCCAGCCCCGUCUCCGCUCCCGAGGCGGCGGAAUCCCCGGCCCGUGACCUCCCGAGCCUGCUCCGAUUGCCCGGGCGACCCCCGAUUCCAAACCGAGCUUCGAACCCGGUGGUCCCGACGCAGACCAGACAGCCUCCACGUUGGCCCCAGACCGCUCCGGCCAUGGGCACCUACACCUUCACCAGCCGGCCGCGGGUGCUGCCAUGCCAGCGCGCCCGUUACCGGGAGGACCUGAUGGAAUCUGAAGAACCCAUGCGAUUCGGGAACAUAAUGUAUGAUCGAAGGGUGAUUCGAGGCAACACUUAUGCACUUCAGACAUUGCCCGAGCCUAAGCAGCCCGAGCUCGUCCGUUCCCACAGAAAGCACCGUGACUCCAGGAAGACGCUGGCCCAGAAACGAGCCGUAGAGCAGCUGAAGCCGCAGACCCCUGAGGCCGUGGAGGGCCGGAAACACGUGGACGUCCAGACAGAAUUAUACCUUGAAGAAAUUGCUGACCGCGUGAUAGAAGUUGAUAUGGAGUGCCAAACAGAUGCAUUUCUGGACAGACCACCAACUCCGCUCUUCAUUCCAGCCAAAACUGGCAAAGACGUCGCCACCCAGAUACUAGAAGGAGAGCUCUUCGACUUUGACAUCGAGGUGCGGCCCAUGCUGGAGGUGCUGGUGGGCAAGACCAUCGAGCAGGCCCUGCUGGAGGUGAUGGAGGAGGAGGAGCUGGCGGCGCUGCGGGCCAGCCAGGCGGCCUUCCAGGAGCUGCGCAACAGCGAGCUGGCCGAGGUGCAGCGGCUGGAGGAGCAGGAGCGGCGGCACCGCGAGGAGAAGGAGCGCCGCAAGCAGCAGCAGUGGCAGAUCGUCAGCAAGCAGAAUGAGACCUCGCAGAAGAUCGCGGCCCGGGCCUUCGCCAAGCGCUACCUGGCCGACCUGCUGCCCUCGGUCUUCGACAGCCUGCAGGAGUCCGGCUACUUCUACGACCCGGUGGAGAGAGAUAUCGAGCUGGGCUUUAUCCCGUGGCUAAUGCAUGAAGUCGAGAAAGCUAUGGAGCACCAGAUGGUGGGAAGAACAGUCGUAGACAUGCUCAUCCGAGAGGUGGUGGAGAGGAGGCUGGCGGCGUUCGAGUGGAAGGAGGGCAAGUUCCCGUACAGGAGGACGGACACGCAGGACGCCUGGCCCGAGCCCCUGGACAGCAUGCAGAUGCCCUUCCCCGCCCCGGAGCAGGCCGGGGUGCCGCCGCAGCCCCCCUUCGUGGGCACAGACACUUCGCAGGCGAACGUUUACCAGGGAAAUUACUGGGGCCCGGCACCCCAGGACAUGAACUUCCUGGACGAAGCCUGGCAAGACCCCGAGGAGGGGGGAAGCCUGUAGGGGCGCGCGGCGGGGAGGGACGGGCCGCCCGCGGGCGAGCGGGGAGUCGA